UCAAAUACAAUCCAAAAGAAGCUAGCAUCUACAAUCUACAUAUAAAAAUUUUUCAAGCAAAAAAUGUUAAAUGUGACUGAAAAAAGUGUCUGAAGAAAAAUUAAAAAUUUCCCCAUAAAUUUUAUGAGAUUUAUUAAAAAAAGCAUAAAAAUAUAUUAAACAAAUCUUGUACAAUAUUUUGUGAAUAAAAUUGAAUUGAAUUUGAGUCGGAAUAAAGUAGAAAAUUUACUUUGCAAAAAACUGCGUAGAAUUCAGAAUUUGUCAAAUCCGCGUUUAGUGGGUGUUUUCUGCUGUGCUCCCGUGAAAAAAAAAAUCUGAUAUACCACAGGAGAACUUUCUCAUUAAACCCAGGCCAACCAAGAACCAACUCAGCCCAUUUGAAAGCAAAAAAAAAAAUUGAAUACUUCUAUUCUCGCCCAGUGUAGAACCAGCAGAACAAGAAGAAGAGAACAAAAACCAAGGAAACAAAAAAAAAAACAAAUUUUAUUCCUUUAUUUGGAAGAAAAAAACGAAGCUUCGUCACUUGGUUACAUAUAUUUUGUCUUUUUAUAUUUUUGUAUUCUCUUUUUUUUUUAUAAAACAAAAAAAAAAAAAAACAGGUGUAAAAUUGUGUAAUUUUUAUUAUUGUUUACAAAUUGUGUUUAUAUUUACAACAAAAAUUGAAAUAAAUAAAAGAAAGAAAAAACAAUUUUUAGCUGGGAAUCAAAUUUCCAAGGUGUUGAAGUGCGCUUUUUUUUUCUAUCCAAGCGGCAUUGGGUGGAAAAUUUAUAAAUAUCUUUCAUAGAGCGAAUUGUAUUGUGUUUCGUUAUGAAGUAGAUUGGUGUGGAUUUUUGUGAAACAAAAACAAAAAAAAACAAACAAAAUAAACUUGAAAUUAUUUUCAAAUAAAAAUAAAACAAAACUAUUGAUAGCGACGACGCUAUAAAAAAUAUAUAUUCAAAAAACCAUGGCGAGGGAGAAUGAUGAUGAUGUCGUUGUGAGUUGUUCUGACUCCGAGGAGGAUGAGGAAAAUGUAUGGACGAGAAAGAGUGUAAACCAACAAUAUCAGCAUUUGUUUGAAAAAAUCAAGCCAAUUUUGUAUUAUCAAAUUCAACCUGGAUACAAAGAUUCUGAUAAUUUCCCAUAUGCAAGAUUGGAAGAAUUUGAAAAAGAACUUAAAAAAACUCUUAAACUUGUUAAUGUGGAAUCAACCCAAGCAUUUAUAUGGAAAAAUUUGAUCCGAUGGCUUGUAUCAAUGAAGCUUUGUUUUGAAAGUGUUACAGAUUUAAUUGGUGACAACUACUACAAUCUUAUCCUGACAGACUUUAUGGCUCAAUAUGUGAAUUACAAGUGCCAAUUGCAUUCUUUAGUAACCGAUGAGACUGAAGUGCGUCUUAUAAUCGAUGAGAUUAUGGUUACUUUGAGUUUGGUAUUUAGCGGAUGGAUACCGGGUAUUUUGAUGACACUUUUGAAGAUAAACGUUAUCGAUGAUUAUCGAUUGAUUUUGUAUCCAAUAUUUAGAAAAUAUCUCAGCAACAAACAAUCUGCAUGUGGACCUUACGAUAUGAUCGCUUAUCUGAGGCUUAUACUUUGCUUUAGAAAAUGGAAAAUAUUAACCCAUUUAAAAGAGGAUAAGGAAUUAAUAAAUGAAAUAGCUGUGGGAAAAUCAGUGAAAGCUCUUAGAUCUAAUGUUGUUGAUUUAACAGCAUCGGCAGAGGUUGAUCCUAUUUUGCCGAAGACCGUUCCUAUACUCAUGGAAAGAACUCGGUCUUUUAUCAAAAUCAGUUCGCUUAUUGAACAUGCUGCUGCGAAUAACCAGUUUGGAACUAGGAUACUUCUUAUCAAUAAAUCAUUGGAACUCGAAGAUACAAUUGAAGAAUUUUUCAAACAAUAUAAACAACAUAUAUUUAGAGAGAAUCCAAAAUUAAUGGAAUGUUCAAGAGUGGAACUCCAACCAGUAUUAAUUGAAGAUUUAACAAGAUCAUCAGAACAAAUUUUACCAGGACCCUCGACUUCAAGUCAAGCAAAUUCUCAAAUUUUAAAUAAUAAAAACAAUGGAAAACAAGGUACUAAUAAGGCUGUAAAUCAGCAUUUAUCAAAAGGCUGUGAUAAUUGUAAUAAUUUAAAUUUAAGUUUAAAUAAUAGUCAUAAUAAUGUUGAAAAUCUAAGUCAUAGGUCUAAUAAUAGUAAUCAACCACAAAAUAGUAGAAAUAAUAAUGUAGAAUUAAGAUUAAGAAAUGAUGAUGUAAUUGAGCUAGAUGAUAGUGAAGACGAUGACGACGAAGAGGACAGUAACGAAAACUCUAGACCAGAAAAUCCUACGAAUAGGUUUGAUAGAAAUUCCACAAAUGCCCCUGGUAGGUUUAGAACAGGCGCAGUCAAUGUUGAAAAUCGUGUCAACGAAGCCCCAUCUAAUGCUGCUGCUGUUGUUGCUGCAGUACCUGUUGAUCAGGAAGCAGCAAUUAAUAAUAAUAAUGUUCAACCACCACCACCAGCAGCACCAGCAGCACCAGCAGCACCAGCUGUUGUUAAUCCUCCAAUUAUUGAAAAACCUAUUCAAAAACGACGUUGUGAACAUGGCAUUGUGUCAAGUACCACAUCGUUUGAUUACUCUGGCACACCCGAUGGUGUUGCAAAUCCAGAGUUACCGGAAACAACACGAGAUGCAAACACUCCCAUCUCAGAUGACGAUGGUGGUUUUAUAGCCCCUAAUAGUUUCCCUAUUUUACAACGCUCCUCUUCGAAAGUAGUUGAAGAAGCAACUUCUUCAACAAAUGAAAUUCCAAAACGAACACAACCAAAUGUUGUAUUUUCUGCACAUGUCAAUAGUCAUGCGCGAAGAUCAAUUUCAAACAGUCCCUGUUCGACAAGAAACUCAUCUCCCAUCCCAGAUGAUGGUGUUUCAAAUGUCUCUCAUUCAAGGGAUGCAGAAAGACCAACUUGCUCCCGAUUCAUUUCAGAAACUUUGCCAAAACCCAGCAUACCCAAACGUAAUGAUAUAUCAAAUGUGACAACCCGUAAGCAAAUAAAGAAAGAUGCUAUUAGAUCAGAUAAGAUUGUAGAGAGUAGUGCAAAUGAGAUGUCGGAUAGUAGUAGACUACCAACAUGUUCUCGAUAUGCUCAGGUAGCAUCUGAUCAUGCAACAACAUCAAGAUUAGAAAUGCCAAUAAAUAACGCUGAUAAAGCAACUGUUCCAAUUGUUGAUGAAAGCAAUUCUUCUGAGAUAAAUGAUCUUCUUAACAAUAUAUCUGGUUUACUAGAUGAAUAUGGCUUAGAAAGUCCCAAAGACAAAUCCGCCCCUGAUAAAUCACCAAGUGAUAUAGCUCAAAUGUUGGCAGAUGCUUAUUUGGAUGAUAUUUUUACUAAAAUCCAAAAGCAAAGACAAAAGUUUUCUGUUCCAAGACAAGGUUAUAGUUUAAAUGAACCACUUGAUGAUGAACAAAAUAAGUCACAAACAAACACAUUUUCAAUUUUCAAGAACCCGAAACAUGAAUCAGGUUUGAAAGAACAACAGAGUAUUGAUUUAAUUCUAAAGGCUCAUGAUAAAGCUAUAGAAAAUUUUAUAAAAUCCAAAACUCAAGAUAAGGCUGCUACUGAAACAGUGGCUAGUGGAUCUUCUGGAAAGGCCAAAACUCAAACUGAGGCUGCUUCGGAAAAUGUGGGUAAAGGAUCUUCUGAAAUGGCCAUCAAUCAAGAUUUUAUUGAAUUUGAAAGAAUGCUUAGAGAAUCUUUUGAAUUUUAUGGUGUUGAUGAAAAAUUAAGACCUACACUUACUAGAUUCAUGUUUAGAAAACUUGGUGGAGAGCCCAAAAAUGAAACGGAGCAAACCAAAACUCAACAUAAGGCUGAUCCUGAAAUAGUGGUUAGUAGAUCUUCUGAAAAGCCUUCUACCGAAAAAGUAGUUAAAACAUCUUGUGUAAAGCCCACAGCACAAGGUAAGGCCUCCACUAAUACCGUGGUUAAGAAAUCUUCUGAAAAGCCCAAAACUCAAAGCAAAGCUGCUACUACAACACAAGCUAAAGGAUCUUCUAAAAAACUCAAAACUCAAGAUAAAGUUUCUACUGACAAAGUGCUAAGAGGAUCUGAAAAGACCAAAACUAAAGCAAAAGGUGGAAAGUCAAAAACUCAAGAUGGAGCUUCAACUGAUAAAGGAAAGGAAUCUUUUGACAAGAUUAAAACUAUAUAUGAGUCUACUGAAACAGUGGUUAGAGGAUCGUCAGAAUAUGAAGUUUUAAAACAAAGGAAACAGGUUAUUAAUAAAGAUGGUAUUGUUGUUGCAACAUUUGAAAAAUUCACUGAAAAAUUGAUUAACAUUGGUAUGAGAGAAUCAAAGACAAAGACCGACAAUGGAUUAGAAAAAGUAAUUGAACAUGAAAAAAAGCUAAAUAAGUUAAAAGAAGCUGAAACUAACAAAAAUAUCACCAACAAAGUUGAUUCGAUGGAUGAAUCUUCAAAUAUUCCAAAAGAAGAUAAAUUCAUUGAAGAUAAGAUGAAAGUUAAUGAGUCUUCGACCUUAAAAGAUGACGAUGUCAAUAAUUCUGAUGAAUUUAAAGAUGAUAAAUCAGCAAGUAUUAACACUACAAACAAUGAAGAUUCAUUAAAUGCUUUAGAAAAUCUUGAAAAGAAAAGAAAACCAUUUGUUGAAGAUGAGAAUAUAAAUCAAUCUAUGUCAUCAACUGAUGACGAAAUCGAAUCACCAACUUAUGAACCUAUUUGUCCAAUUAAAUGCCAACAAAAUGAAGAAAAAAUCAAUGAGAUGAUGGAAACAACUGCUGAAAAAGUUGAUGAAAAUCUAGAUAAAAAUCAGCAAUCUGCAUCGAAUGUCCCUGACAUAAUUGAUACAAAAUCCAAUGAUAAAGAAAAAUUAUUAGCAAAUGAAGAUGAUUCUAAGAAAACAGUUGACUCAGUUGUUGUUGAUAAUUCAAAUGCUUUUAUUGAAUUGGAUGAAAAUAUUUCUGCUGAAAAUGAAGGCGAAUUAAAUAAUCUUCCAAAUCUUCAAAAACCAACUAUUGAAAUAGAAGAAAACAAACAAGUAGAUGAAAAUUCAUCAAAUUGUGAAAAAGCAAAAGAAAUUGUUACAACAAAUCAACAAAUAGAAAUGAAAUCUGCUGCAACAGACAUUGAAGAUGAUAAUUUAAAAUUUGAAGAUAUCAUUAAUUCUGAUCAUGAUUAUGUUACAGCAAGAAUUGAUUUUAUUGAAGGAACUUAUGACAACAAUGUGGACAAUGUUCAUUUCACUUCAGAAAUCUCAAUGGAUCAAAUAUCUCCAAAUCAAAUUUUAGAAAAUAUAAUUGGUAAUGAAGCUAUCACUCAAGAAAUAAAAUCAAAUGACCAAGAAAUAAAUAAUAAAUCAUGUAGUCUUGAAGAAGAAUGUGAUUCUGACGAAGAUCAAUGGAUUGAGGACGUUAUUUAUGAUACAAUUCCCACUGAAUGUUACUUUGAUAAUAAUUAUGAUGAUGAUGGUUGCAAAUUAGAUCUUCAUGACAUGAAAGUCACACAAGAAGAACAUAACAAUCAAUUAAUUGAAGAUGAUAUUUUGAAAAAUGGAAAUCAUUCUGAAAGUAUUGAUAUAGACAUUAAUAGCCAAGAUCUUAUAGAUCAAUCUAAUGAUGAUAAGAUUAACGAUGAAGAGGUUCCAUUUGAAAUGGUCAAUGAAGAACCAAUUAACAAAAAUGAAGGAACAAUUUUUGAAAAACAAACAUUUGAUCAAGAAAUUGAUGAAAUUAAAUCGACUACCAGAGAAAAAUCUUUUGAUGAAAAUGAAAUUGAAAAUAUAUUUACUGUAAGCGAUGCUGCUGAAAACAUACAAAACAAUGAAGACAUGUGUCCAGCAAUUGAACAAAAGAAUGAAACAAUUGAAGAACAAACAGAAAAUGAUAUUAGUCAAUCUGUUUUUACUGAAAAAGAAACAUCUUUGGAAGAAAGUGCAACUGUCACUGAAUUUAUUGGUGAAAUUGGAUUGAUCGCUAAUAGCGAAGAUGACAAAGAACUCAAAGACCAAACUGAUAUUAAAUUAAAUGUUGAAAAUAAACUUACUGUUUCUAAGGAAAUACUAGGAGACACUGAAGACAAUGAAGAACCGUCAUUUACAAUUGACCGAAGCGAUGAAGAAAUCAAGAAACCAACAUUUGGUGUUGAAGAAGAUAUUGAAUCCCAAUCCGUUGCUAUUGAGAAAAAUCUUGUUGGUACUGAAAAUAAUAGUGAGGGAGUUGAAACGGAAAACAUUGAAAAGAUGAAACUACCAGAAACAACUCAAGUAUCGGACCGAAAUGAAGAAAUAAUCGAAAAACAAACUAUUGGAUUUAAAGAAACUGAUGAUUGCGAAUCAACUACGAUGGAAAAGUCUCAUGGCGAAAGUUUAAGUAAUGAAAUAGUAAAACCUAUUAAUAGUCAAGAAGAUACACAAAUUGAGGAAAACAAAGAUCCAUUAAAUAAGAACAUACCAACUGACAAUAAAAACGACAAAGCAUUUGAAGUUAAAAAAUCUAAUGACUGCCAAUCCAUUACUGCUGAGAAAAAUGUUGAAAACGCUGAUAGUGUUUCAAAUGCUUACAGCGAAGACGAAGCAAUGAAACUUCAAAUUGAAAAAGAUGAUUCAUUUGAAACACAGAAAGUUGAUAUUGAAGAAACUAAUGAAUGUCAAUCAAGUACUAGUGAACAAUCUUUUGAUGAUAGUUUAGUAUCAAUUGGUACUGAAUUAAGUGAUGAAAAUGUAGUACCUAUCAAUAAUGAAGAAACUACAGAGAUAAGAGAAAACAAAGAUUUAGGUAAUAUGCCUUCAUCAAAUGACUGCAAGGAUAAAGCAGUGAAAACUACAUCUACAGAUGAAAGUCUAACUUUAGUUGAUACUAAAUUAAAUGAAAAAAAUAUUAAAUCUGUUGUUAAUGAAGACGAAACAAAUAAAGAAUUUUAUCAAAAUAAUGAAACAAUCGAAAAAGAUAUAAAGGAUAAUGAAGAACAAUCAAUUAACGAUGCUUCUAUUGAUACUAUACCUUUUGACGACAAUGAUGUAGUAAUCGAAAACAAUGAAGAUAGUUCACCAACUAACAAAAUCGAUGCAUCAAUUGAAAAACAAACUACUGACGAAAAAGAAAUCACUGAAAAUGCUAAAACCUCAAUAGAUUCUAAAAUUGAAAACAAUGAAAACGAUGAACUAUUUAAAGAAGAAACUAUUGAUAUUAAAGAAAUUGAUUUGGAUCAAGCUGAAAAAAUAACAUCUGAUAUCGAACAAAAUACAGAAGUAAGCAAACAACCAGAUAUUUUGACCAUAACACCAGAAAUCAUUGAAAAUGAAAAAGAUACGCAAAACAACAUAAUUGAAACAUCUUAUUUAACCAAAAAUAUGAGUGAACACUUGGAGAAUGACAUCGUCUCAUCAAUGCCUGCAAAAUUAUCUGAUAUUGAACCAAUACGAAAGCUUAGAAUUCGUAUUAAAAAACAAAUACUCGAACAACCUAAAAAGGGUAAACAAUCAAUUGAAUAUCAAAUAAUACAGGAAAAAUCUAAAAAUAUGUUAAAAAAGAAAAAAUCUUCUAAAGAAACAAAACGUAAAGAAAUACAAAAAGAAGAUAAAAAAGUUAAAAAAUAUCAAAAUAUUGAUUUGGAUCCAUUGGAUAUUACUGGAGAAAAUGUUACCACAUUAACAAGUGGUCCAAUUGAAAUAGAAAAAGAUUCAUCUAUUGAUUAUAAGCUUAAAGAAAAUUCAGACCUAAUUGAUUGUACAGAAAAUAUAGAAGCCAUUGAAGAAAUAAGUCCUGAUUUAAAGAUAAUUGUUGAUGAAAAUCAAUCUCAUACAGAACAAGAUGAAAUAUCUUCAGAAUAUGACAAAAAGGAUCCUCUGAAAAUAAUAAUUCCAAAAAUUAUCAAAAAUACUCAAAAUAUACAAAAGAACAAAGAAUUGAAUAUUGUAAAUGUAUCAAAUAAAAAAUUAACAAAAAAAUCAUCUUUAUCUUCGACAGUCUUAAUCUUAGAUUCAGAAAAAGUUAUAAAACAAGAGCCACAGCAAUCAGAAAGCAAUUUAAAGAAUCUGAGAGUUCGUAUAGCUAAAGUCGAUCCAAAACCUCAAAAACCAACUAAAUCAAGAAAACGAAAGGGUAACAAACAAAAACAACAAAAUAUUAUUUUGGAAGAAGAUGAUGAAGAAGAAGAAGAACUUAAACCAUUAAUACUAUCAGUGAAUGAGAAAGUCAUAAAACCAGACAUAAAAGAAACUUUAAUAAAUGAUAAACUUAAAUCAGAAAAACCCAAACUUAAAGUAACUUUUCAACUUCCCGGUGAACAAGUUUCUAUCAAACCAAAUAAUGUUAAAGAGCUUCUUUCUGAAGAAAUAUUUAAAGAAUGUUCUGAUAACAAUGAAGUUAAGAAGAAUGACAAAACAAUAACAACCACAACAAAAUCAUCACACAAAAGGAAAAUUGAUAAUCCGAAAAAGUGUAAAACAACAACUACAAUUGUUCUACAACCUUCAAUUUUGUCAGAAAUUUCUUUCCAUCCAGUAGAAAAACCAGCAGACAGCAAAAAACGAACUGCUACUAAAAAAUCAGUAGAAGAUUUGACAUCAUCAUUGAAGAAGAACAAGAACAACAAUAAAUCUUCCAACGAAACAGAAGAAUCAUAUCAAAAAUGUACAUUAUCAAUUUUAAAACCAUUAAAAGAUUCAAUUCAAACUAGACCAAAACAAGCAGCAGAUUGUAGCUUUAAAAUUACAAAACAAACAUCAAAAGAAAUAAUCGUCAAAGAUUCCGGCCCCAAUACCGGCAAGAAAUCAGCAAAAUCUGUCGAAUGUCAAACUGAACCAAAACAAACUAUUGUCUAUAAAAAAUCACCAAAACAAGAUUCUACAAAAUCUUCUGAUGAAAAAUCAAUAAUUUUACAAAAUAUUGUUGAAUGUAAACAAGAAUUAAUAAGAAAUCGUAAUCAAGAAGUUUUUUCACAAAUAACCGAUAAAAUACAAGAAAAUACAAUUAUACCCGAUUCAACAUCACAAGUUGCAAAAGAAUUGCAAAAAACUGAAGAUAAUUUAUUAGAAGAUGAAUCAAAUCUAUCAACUAGAGUUCAAGUUGAAGAUCUUGAAGAACCAUCUGUUAUAUCUGAUUCAGAAAUUGAAAUUGCCAACAAAUUAUCAAUAACAUUAGAAUCAGAUCGUGAUAUUGUUUAUUAUCCAUCAAGGGAUAGUAUUGAUGAUGAUGAAAUUAGAAAUAUUACUCAAAGUAAUAAUAAUACAAAUAUUGUAUCUUAUAACAAUGAUAAUGGUACACCUGUAAUGGAUGAAAAAACAGAAGAUGAAUCUUCACAACAUAGUGAAAGUACAAUUAUUUGUUUGCGUGCAAUAAAAGUUCCAACAGUUGAUGAAUCAUCGCAAUUAAUUGCACCAAUAACAACACCAAUACCCAAUUCUAUAGAAUCACCAUUAAAUAAUGUACUUUUUAAGAGACGACCAGAAUCUGUUUGGAAUUCACCAUCUAAUAAAUUAGACGGAACAACAAUAUUUAAACCAGUAUUGGUUGAUGAAGAAUGUAAAGAAACAACAAUUACACCAUUUUCGACUGAAGAUGAUAAAAAUAAAGAACUUUGGAAAAAGAAAUUAGGCAUAUCGAAAAACUGCUCCCCAAAUAAAGAAAUAAUUAAAAUACAGCCGACGACGACGAAUGAAGAUGCACCACAGCUUCAAACUUCUUCUUCAACAACAAAUUUCACCAAAAAGAGUUGUAUUAUUAAUCCAAAAAAUAGAAAACAAACAAAUCCACGAAAAGUCAAAUUUAUGUUGGAACCCAAAGAUCUAAGUUCGGAAGAUCAGUCACAAUCAGAAUAUGAAGUAGAUAAGAAAUUGGAAGAUCAAAGAUAUUUUAAUUCACAAGAGUUAAAUGUUGCAGCCAUAUUAACGUCAUUUAAAGCCAAUGCCAUAGUGAGUACAGAAAAUAAGACUAGGAUAACAAGAAGUACAAGAAAUACAAAAAGUCAAAAUGUUGUUGUGUUGGAUCAUCAAAAACCUCCUCCUCCUUCUGAAUUGGAAAAUCAAUUGACAAUAUUUCCAGCAUCUUCAAUCAAUCCACUUAAUGAGGAAUUAACACAACAAUCAAAUAUUUAUACAGAUAGCGAUAGUACAUGCAAAUUGGUUAUUGUAGAUGAAGAUGAGAAAUCUGUAACUAAAUCCAAGGCAAACAAAAAACCAAAAUCUAAAUCAAUAUCUAAAAAAAGAAAAACAAAAGGUAAGAGUAAGGGUAAAGGCAAAGGCAGAGGUAGACGAAGAAGAAAUAAAUCAGAAGAAGAAGACACAGAAACAGAAACAUCCGAAACUGUUGUCGAAGAUAUAAAACCUAAGAAAGAAACUACAAAAAAGAAUGAAAAAUCAUUGAAAAAUAAUAAUCAAUCUUUCGAAGAAUCCAUAGAACAUCAUUUGAACAAAGAAAAAUUAACACCGCAGCCAUUAAGCAUUGUAGAUGAUGUUGCACUUGAUAAACAAGAAGAUGUUGCUGCACCUGCAAAGAAAAAGAUUAAACUAUCGAGAUCUUCUAACAUUGAAGUAUCAAAAUCGAUGAAUAAGAAGGAAAUAUGGCUUAAUAAUUUAUCUUUGAGAAAAACUAGCAAAUCACUUGAUACACAACCUAAAGAAUUUUCUGCAGCGAAUCUUUCAAAAAGAGUACAGUCUGAGCCGAAUUUGUCGUCGUCGUCACUAAAUGGCCAAUUUUCUUCAAUCGCUGAAUCUAAAAAGAAAUUAAAAUCUCUUAGCGUUUCUUGUCGUGAUCCUCGUCGUAAGCGUAAAUUGAUAACCGAUGAGUUGCCAAACAAAAUCAUCUCUAAAACUGAAGAAAUAUUAAAAGAUGACCAAAUCAAAGCUAAACCCAAUAUUGAAUUGCAUGAAAAAGAAAAGGAGAUACCUGCUGAUCAGAUUCCAAGUCUUAAAGUAUCAUUGUUGAUAGGUGGUGGAGAUGGAAAAAAUAUGGAAAAAUUACAUUCUCCGAAAAUUUUCAAGUCUAAAUCUAAGUUUGGCAUACAUGAAAAAGAGCAGAAACCUGCUGGAGGACAAACUCCAACUUUAAAGGUAUCAUUAUUGAAAAGUAAUGAUGAACAAAAAAUGGAAACACUAAAUUCUAAGGAAAUCAAGUCUAAGUCCAUUUUUGAGUUUCAUGAAGAAGAGCAAAAACCUGUUGAAAAAAUUUCAAGUCUUAAAGUAUCAUUGUUUAACAUUGAUGAACAAAAAAUGGAAAAAUCAAGUAGUCAGAAAGAGAUUAAGAAUGAUAAACUCAAUAUCGGCAUAAACAAUUCCAUAAAACAAAACAAAGAAACUGACAAGCUUGAGACAGCAGCAAACCAACCGAAACAAACUAAGAAAAAACUGACUAAAACCAAAAACCAACCUGCACUCGUAGAAGUUCCAAAGAAGGCACCCAUAAUAUUAACAACUGUAGUUGAUAAAGCAGCUCCUAUCAACUUUUUAGAAACAACGCCCAAAACUCAUCUUGAAUCGAUCCAAUCUGUCAAGGAAUUGGAAGAUUCAAACAAAAUAACAUCUUACCAAAUUGAUUGCGUUAAAAUUGAUCAAAAAGUAGAAGAAAAAACACCGAUAGUUGAAGAAAUCAAAAAUAAAAACACUUCUGUAGACAAAGAAGUUGAUAAAACAACAGCAAUUGUUGAAAAAGUCAGUGAUAAAAAGUCUUCCGUAGACAAAGACGAAGCUACUGUAUCAAUAAUAUCCUCUUCGAUAAUCCCUAAUACUUUGGUGAAUAUACCUAAUUUAACAGAAGACGAAAAAGGAGUUCAACCAACUCCAAAAAAUGCAGAAAUUGAGAAUGCUGAUAAAUCUUUGGAUCAACCAUUAUCAUCAACCAUUGAAGAACAAGUUGACAAAUCGAAAUUAAUCAUUACCUCUAAAUCUAUAACAAAAAUCAAUGAAAAAGAAGCAACUCUUGAUGCUGCUGAAAUGAAAAGUUCUGCAAAGAUCCCAGAAGAAGCAAAGCAGCACUCAUCUUCUAAUUCAUCGUCCGAUGUUUCUUCAAAACGAAAUUCAAUACUCAAUACUCCUACCAAAAAGGAAGAUGAAGUCAAUAGAGUUCUCGAACAAUUUAUCGAAAAUAUUAUGGGAUCCAAAUUGUCAGAUGUUCGAACUCCUCCAAAACGUAAACGCCCAUCUCUAGAUGGCGAUCAAAGUCAACAGAAUUUUUCAGUGUCAGUUUUCCAACGCAGACGAAGUAAUAGUACUUCAGAUUUAACUAAUACCUUUACAAAUGAUACAAUAGAUGAAUCUGAAACAAUUAAUGAAACUGAUUCAGAAAUUUUGCAACAACCAUCAUCAUCAUUAGCAAAUAAUAAAUCAGAAAAUGAAGAUAACAAAAAUGCCCAACAACUUUCAUUAUCAAAUCUUGAAUAUGAAUUUGAAACAGAUCAAAUAGGUUUUGAAUUGAAUGCUGCUACAAAUCAAGUAGUUGCAAUUAAUUCUUCCACCAAUAAAGUAAUUAAACCACGACAAUCAAUCGAUAGUGAUAAAAAAUCUGAACAAUUUGAAUUUGAAAAUCAAAAGGCAUCAGUUAAAACAUCUGAUUGUAUGUUGGCUGGUAAUCGUGGACAAGAAGAUGAAUAUUAUUUAGCUUCGUGUAAUUUAACAUGGGGACCAGCAACUUUUGAUAGUCCUGAUGAUAAUAAUCAAUUAUUUUGUGAUCAAUUAUUUGGUGGCUAUCCAUGGUUAAUUAAUGGAUCUGAAAAUGUACCAAAUGGCAAUGGAACUGAUGCUAGCGAUAAUCCCAAAAUGUAUUGUAAAAAUAAUGUUGCUGAAUUUAAUUCAAGUGUAGUAACAGUUGAUACAAUAAUCAAUUCUGCUGAGAAAAUAGUUGGAAAUAGUUCGGUAGUAGUUAAACCUCAAUUGACAUUGUCUACAGACAAAGAUCCAUCGAUUAAAAAUGUUUCGAUUGAACCGUCUGGUACAUGCCUUCCAGAAAUACUUGUUAAUGAAGACAAACUAACAACUUCUGAACAUGUACUUAACGACGAAUCUAAAGGGGUUAUCUAUAAUACCGAAAAGUCACCUCUUACCGACAAAAUACGUUCAAAAAUUGCCGCUAAUCUAAUUGAAAAUACUAAAAAAUUAGAUAAAACACCAGACAAAGACAAUUCUGAAAGUAAGCUAACAUGUCGUUCGAAAUUAUUUUGGAAACAAAGUAAUAAGAAAUCAGAUAAUUCGACUUCGAUAAGUGGUUUACAAAUUGAUGAUGUUAAGUCAUUAUCUGAAAUUGAUGAAAUUUUCGAAGGCAAACAGACGACUUUAAGUAAAAAUGAAAUUAAUGAAGAUCAAAUUAAGUCAAAUGAAAUUGAUGAUCUUCCCAAGAAGCCAACACUUUUGAUUAGCAAUUCACAAACAGAUGAUCUUUUUGAUCGACUUAAAAAUGAAACUCCUAUUAAUACUUGUCUGAAAAUUGCUGCUAAAUCUCCUUUGAAACAAGUUUCAUCAACAAAAACUAACGAAGAAUCAGUUGAAACUGUAUCAAUAGUUACUUCUAUGCCUUCAAUUUCUACACCAUCGCAUUCUCCUCAAAUAGUGGAGAUAUUGAAAACAAAAGAUGAACCUAAAAUCACAAUUUCAUCAACUAUCAUUAAUGAUCAAAAUGUUCUUACUCAGCAGCAGCAACAGCCUUCGAAAACAACAACAACUGAUGAAAUUAUAAAAAAACCUAUUUUUGAAUCGACCAAACCAUCAAACGAUUUAUUGAUUCAAACUAAUAAUGAAACUGCUAUUCCGUUUAAAAUUAUAGUUUUACCCGAAGAUGAUGGUAAAUCGUCUUUACAGAAACCUCCAAGACGAUCUCGUAUGCCUAGAACAAGAGAUUCAUUAGAAGAAAUUGUUGAAUCGGGACCGGGACAAAAACCAAAAAAACUCAUAAUCGGACAAAACGAAACUUCGCUUAAUUCUUCACCUAAAAUCUCUGGUGUAUCUACUAAAUCAUUGUUAGGUUCACCAAAAGAAUUGUGUGAACAGAAAAAUUUAAGUCCUAAAAAACCCAACUUAACAACAACAGCAAUUCCAGUCGUGAAAACACCAUCCGUCUCAUUAGAAAAAGUCAAAGAAAUUCAUGAAACUCCACAAAAAAUCUCAUUGAAGCGUUUCAUUAACGAAGAUAACAACAUACAAGAACCUCCAUCAAAAAUGCUAUGCUCUAAAUUAUCCGUCUCCCCCUCUUCAACCAUAACAAACAAAGUAGAGUCUAAUGUUUUCAAUUUGAAACCAAAUGUUACAUCAACAAAGACUGAAUCAUUAGUUGGAAUUCAGAAAACUUCACAUCAGUCUCAGCCAAUACCAACAUCAACGAAUCAGUUAGUAAAACCAAUUUCCCCUGCACUAAAUCAAAAAACAAUUUUAAUAAAACCCGUUCAUAGUCCGAAUAUUCCAAAUAUUUCUUCAACAAAACCCGUUCAUAGUCCGAAUAUUUCAAAUAUUUCUUCAACAAAACCAAUAACAAGUUUACCUUUGAUAAAUCAAAAACAUCCUAUUGUCUCAGAGCACAUGACUAAAAAGACAGUUUCAAAUUCCAAAAAACCACCAAUAUCACCAAUAACUCAUUUUGGAACUCCAACUUCAACUUCAACACCAACUCAUUCGCCAAGUCAAAAACUUUCAGAAUCUACAUUUAUUAAACUAUCUUCUCAGAGUCCAAAGAAUAUAAGAAUUGACUCUGAUCACCACAGCAGUACAAGUUCAAUUCGUAAACCAAUUUGUUCGACACCGAAACCAAGAUCAACUGGCACAACACCUUUUGGAACACCAAGUUCAACUUCAACACCUUCUCAUUCGCCAAUUGGUCAAAAAUCUAUCGAUUCUACAUUAAAAUUAUCUCAGAGUCCAAAGAAUUAUAGAGUUGUUCAUGAACAACAGCACAUUACUGAUAAGGUAGCAAGUUCAAUUCGCAAACCACCACCACAUUGUUCGAACAAAUCAAAUUCAAUUCCAACACCAAAAUUAUCAAAUUCAACACCUUUUGGAAUUUCAAGUUCAACUGGAACUUCGAGAUGUAGUAAUGUAUCAAGAUCAUCAACAGCAACUAUUUCUAGUACAUCACACUUUGCUUCGUCCUCGUUGUCAUCUUUGAAUUCAUCUUUAACUAUGAAACUAUCAAAAGUAACAACAGAAUUAAAACACAUACAAAAUGAAAUCAGUAAAUUACCAGAAGGAAGUUCAAAUUAUCGUGCUCAUAGACAUCGCAAAGCUUUGCUUGAACAAUUAUCAAAUAAAGAAAAAGAAUUAAAUGAAUUGAAAAAAGAAGCCCACAAUGAACAAAAAAGAAUACAUGAAUUAAAGAGAAAACAACGAGAACAUGAAAAACAAAUUCUUAAAUCACAUUCCGAACGAAAACCUUUUGAGAAUGAUCAUCAUCAUUCUCAAUAUAAUUUGAAAAGACAACACAGUGAUUCGGAACGCAAACACAAUUCACAAAUAUCAGAUGAUACAAUUGCUUCAUCGUCAUCAUCAUCUUCUGCUGUGAAAAGACCUCGUGUAAAAUAUGUUAAUAAAUUUAGUGAACUUGACAAAACUGUGGGUUCUUUGAGUAUCAUUAAAAAUGAUCAAUUGAUUGAUAAAAAUGCUAAAGUUAAAACAUGGCAACCUUGGAAUCCGGCACAUGUUAAUGCAGAAGAUAUUAUCAAAAAUCCAGCUCAAUUUUGGUGAAAAUCAAAGGAAGCUGAAGAGUAGAAAAUUUGUCUUUAAUAAAUUGUUGGUUCGUUCUUCGAAAUCAGUUUAAUAUUUUCUUUAAAUAAAUUUAACGCACAUGGAAUUACUAUUCUCGGAAUCGGAAUCUAUUGGGAUCUUUUUUUUAAAGUUAGAUACUGAUGUUCAACCAUGUGUGUGAGCGGGUUUAGCUAAAUUUUUUUGCAAUCUAAGAAAAUAGGAAAAAUAAUGAUUACCCUUGGCGUAGUGCAAUGAACUAUUAAGAUGAAAAUCUGUAGUUGAAUAAAGCGUUGUACAGGCUACAAGUAUGUGUCUGAUUUGGGAUAAAAUUGUAUGUUUCAUGAAUUUCUAUUGACUAAAACACUCAGUUAAAUGUGUUACGAAACGCACACAUUACGAUGAUAGAUAAUGGACAAAAAAGUCUCUCUGUCAGUCUGUCACAACAGUCAGUUUGUCUAUCAAUCAGUCUGUAAAAGGAUCUACAGUUUAAACGGAUGGAUAGAUAAACUUCGAAAUUGGGAUGUAUCGUUUUUUGGAGACUUCAUCCUAUAUAGCAGUUUUGAAAAAGUUUAAAAUUUCUUAAAACUGACUCCAAAGAUUUUGACGAUAGUACUUUUUUUGUAAGCCAAAAAUAAAAAAAACACAUUACGAUAUUGAACACUUCGCUGUGCUAAAGUCAAUUGAAGUUAAAUUAAUGUAAAGCCUUCAAUUUGUGAUGGGAACUUACGAAAAAAAAAUAUCGACCUAUUCGAUAGUCGGUAAAUUUUCAUUUAUUCGACAGUUUUUAAAAAUCAUAAAAUAUUCUGCGCGAAGGACUAGCUAAAAACAAAACUUAUAAUUGUUUACUAGACUUAUCUACUAGAACAAAAAUUAAGACCAUAAAUUAGAUUUAACACUCUUCAAAUAUCCGUCACCGACUCGAAAUUUUGGAAAUAAUCGUUCUUUGAUCGUAAAAUUUACCAAGAUCAAUGAUGAAAAUAUAGUUUUUUAUCGAAUUGACAAUUGGAUCAUUCCACAAUGAAAUUACAAAAUUUUCAUUUCCCAGUUGGAAAAUUCUUUACUUAUGUAUGUAAACUACUCAAAACAAAAUACGGCCUUCCCAAGAUUUAUUUCGAAAUUGGCCUUAAAAUGACUUAAUUGGUUAACAUCGUCAAAAAAAUUUCAAAAUAAAUCUUGGGUGGGCCCUAUUU